CAUUUUUGCGUAGUAUAUAAUUUACAAACUUCAGGCACUUUGAACUUAUUCAGAUUUGUCUUCUAUAGCUCUAUACCUCAAUCAUGGCGAAUAUCCUCCUUAAACACUGCUCCAGUCUCCCCUUCCUCCUCACAAUUCUCUCAUUCUUCUCAACCUUUGCCACCAUAGAAUCCCAAUUUUUCUCAAGAAACCCAUCUCCAUCAUCUCUAGGGCUGAAGCGAGAGAAACUAAGCCACCUCCACUUUUACUUUCAUGACAUAGUCACCGCCAAAAAUCCAACCGCUGUCCGUGUAGCUCAAGCACCCACAACAACUUUAUCCUCACCCUUUGGUGCGGUGGUGAUGAUAGAUGACCCUUUGACGAUCAACCCCGAUAUCAACUCCACACUUGUUGGAAAAGCGCAAGGGAUUUAUGCUUUAGCGUCGCAAAGUGAAGCUAGCAUGUUAAUGGUAUAUAACUUUGCUUUCAUGGAAGGGAAAUACAAUGGCAGCAACCUUAGCGUUUUGGGGCGUAACUCGGUGUUUGAUUCUGUCAGGGAAUUAUCGAUCGUUGGUGGAAGCGGGGUUUUCAGGUUCGCUCGUGGCUAUGCCGAAGCAAGGACUCAUACAUUUGAUCUCAAGACUGGGAACGCUGUUGUGGAAUAUAAUGUCUAUGUUUUCCAUUAUUGA